UUGACAAAUCCAACAUUUGGAAAUGUAGUUAAUUUCAUGUGUUUGCUCCGGUGGUUGGGCUUCUUACUUUUUUCAGGAAUAUGGCAUCGGGACCAGGUUUCAGUGAUGAAAAGAAUGAUACAUUGUGCGAGAGUGAAAGCACUGUCUAUGUACAUAACCCACACCUGGAUGGGAUGAAAGAUGACUUUCUCUACCACUUUAACCUGGGGACCUCCACACACAACCUGCCUGCCAUGUUUGGGGAUGUCAAAUUUGUGUGUGUUGGGGGCAGUCCCUGGAGAAUGAAGUCCUUCAUAGAGUACAUUGCUGGAGAGCUGAGUCUGGAGGACCCCAAGGCUGAGUACCCCAACAUCUGUGCAGGAACUGACCGCUAUGCCAUGUACAAGAUUGGCCCCGUGCUGUCCGUCAGCCAUGGCAUAGGUAUCCCCUCCAUCGCCAUCAUGUUACACGAGCUCAUCAAGCUCCUGUACCAUGCUCGCUGCACUGAUGUUACCAUCAUUCGCAUUGGGACCUCCGGUGGAUUAGGCCUCGAGCCUGGCACGGUUGUUGUCACCAAGCAGUCAGUAGACGCCACCUUCCUGCCCAGGCUGGAGCAGGUCAUCCUGGGGAAUACUGUGGUGCGCAGCACGGACCUGCACCAAGGUCUGGCUGAAGAGCUGCUCCAGUGUAGCAAGGACCUGGGUCAAUUUGAGACGGUCAUCGGAAACACUAUGUGCACAAUGGAUUUCUAUGAAGGACAAGCGCGCCUGGAUGGGGCCUUCUGCUCCUACACAGAGAAGGAUAAGCAGGACUACCUGACCAAGGCCUAUGAGUCUGGGGUUCGUAACAUCGAGAUGGAGUCUUCCGUGUUUGCUGCCAUGUGUCAACUCAGCGGUCUGAAAGGGGCCGUGGUGUGUGCGACGCUAUUGGACCGUCAGAAAGGUGACCAGCUGAGCAGCUCUCAUGAAGUUCUCCACAGCUACCAACAACGUCCUCAGAUACUGGUCGGUCACCUGAUCAAGAAGAUGCUCCAAGCCUCAGCCUCUAGCAAAAGCUAGGCUCUUGCAUUUUAGCAUUCUGAUGUUAUGUGACUUAUGAAAGGCCUCUUGUACACAGAGUAUACAAAACAUGAAGAUCACUUUCCUAAUAUUGAGUUACC